UCGGCCGUAGUCGCUGACUGUGCGUGCCACUGUCAAUGACGCCUUUUUUUAGCACGCGCGAAAGCACGCGCGAUUUGUGUCUCGCGACGUAAUCGCUAUACGCUGUCGAGAGUGUCGAGCCGUGCUCAGUCGAUCGCGGUCGUCGCUUACGGACGCAUCCACGCUUCGGUCAGCCGCGUUGAGCCGCGCAUGAUAGCCGGUCGACGUCCACGCGGUUAAGAGGCGAGAACAACGGAGAGCAUAUGUCACCGUCAUCGUUGGAGAACGCUGAGAACACUUACGCUUGGCGUCACCGCGCGGUGAAACUUCGCGCCAUGUGCCUCGUGCGGAAUCAAACGGUCAAAAGUUCCCGACGGGACUCUGUUGCGUGAGAUUCGAUAUUCAGUCGGCAAAUUCUCGAGGGGGAGGAACAAGAGAGAAAAAGAGAGAGAACGAAAGAAAGAGAGAGAAUAGGAGAACAGAAGAAUUAUUGACAUUGUGUGUUUGAAAAAAGGGAGUUUGCUGUUUGGAGGACGAACUUGGUCGCUGUUUUUGAAAGCACCGCCGCACAGUGGUGCGCGAUGCGCUAAAACCCGGUACAACAGAAAUCUAGAAUCAGACUGGAAUGAAAUAGUGUCGAGUUUUAGUUUUCACCCCAAGUUUCGAAGCGUACGUAAAGUGGUAAUAAUGGCAUCGAAAGCGAAAAUUCCGCAUCAAUUUAGCUGAAAUUCGAGUAUAGGAGGCGACGCGCGAAGGAAGAAUUGCUCGCAGACAAAAACAAUCCUCUUCCCGUGAAGCUGCAAUUGCUGCUGAGGGUACUCUAUAUGGUCCUGGAAUUGACAACUUAGAGUAAAGAUGGUAGCUGUAUCGGAAAGAGGAUACUUCCAUUGGAUCGAUUGGAUGGUGUUUGCACUUAUGCUCCUCGUGUCUGCCGCAGCCGGCUUAUGGCACUUCAGAAGGGCGCAAAAGUCAAGCACACAAGACUACCUGCUUGGAGGAAAGAGCUUAGGACUCUUUCCCGUGUCCGCUUCUCUCGUUGCCAGCUUCAUAUCAGGCGUGACGAUCUUGGGUACUCCAGCGGAAAUCUACAACUUUGGCACGCAAUAUUGGAUCACGAUCAUCUCGAUUCUUUUCUCCGGUAUCGUGGUCGCUACUGUGUAUCUUCCUGUAUUUACUACUCUGCAACUUAACUCCGUUUACGAGUAUUUGGAAAUUCGAUUUAGUCGACCCGUGCGGAUUCUGAUUUCCUCAAUUUUCGUUUUUGACGUGAUUCUUUACCAAUCGAUCGUGGUCUAUGUCCCCGCGCUGGCGUUAAAUCAAGUGAGCGGCAUCAAUAUACAUUUGAUCGGAACUAUUGUAUGUGUCGUCUGCGUGUUCUAUACUGUUUUGGGCGGUAUUCGAGCAGUGGUUUGGACAGACGCGUUACAAGUUGGCGUGAUGAUAGCGGGGGCUAUCUCAGUUGCCGCUUUAGGGACCUAUCAAAUGGGAGGAGUAUCUGAAAUUUGGAAUAGGGCCAUCGAUGCCGAUCGCAUCGAAUUUUUCAACUUCGAUCCAUCCCCCUACACGAGACACACCGUUUGGACAGUUCUGAUUGGUUCUUGGUUGUACAGUACAGCGUACAUCGCUGUCAAUCAAACUAUGGUGCAACGAUACAAAUCGUUAAAAAGCACGAAAAUAUCUCAAUUAUCCAUCGCGAUAUUUACCGUCAGCAUAAUGUUGUUUAUUUCAAUAUGCUGCUGGUGCGGACUGGUCCUCCUCGCUUGGUGGUCGCCACCGAAAUGCGAUCCAAGAGCUUCCGGCUUAAUUACGGCCGACGAUCAACUGUUGCCGGCUUAUGUCAUGGAGAUCGCCCAUCAUUUGCAUGGGAUACCUGGCCUCUUUAUUUCCGGAAUUUUUGGCGCGGCGCUCAGCUCACUAUCAGUGGGCUUCAACUCAACGUCCGUUGUGAUUCUGGAGGACUUCGUCAAAGGUUGCUUUAAAAUGAAGCCCAACGAUCGUUGUUCCACGAUUUUCGUGAAAACCCUUGUCGUCCUGUUCGGUUUGUUGGCGAUGUGCUUGCUUUUCUUGAUUGAGAAACUAGGAGGAGUUCUAGCUGUAACGAAUAGUUUGGCCGCCAUCGCUGCUGGGACUUCUUUUGGCGUUUUUACUCUGGGAAUUUUGUUUCCAUGGGCAAAUUCUAAGGGUGCCUUUAUUGGCGCCAUUGCAGGAUUUAUGAUGUCUGGAUGGGUCAGUUUUGGUGCGAAUGCGGCUAUCGCUUCUGGUCUCGUGGUACCGAAGAAACUUCCAGUUGCGCAGUGUGCGGGAAAUGUCAGCCAACAUUUCUUAAAGCAAUUCGAAUGGCCCAACGAAGACGAUGUCUUCCCGUUGUAUCGGUUAUCCUACCACUGGGUUGCUCCUAUUGGCACGCUGGUGGUACUUGUGGUGGGUGGGAUUGUCACCUGGAUGACAGGUGCACGAGAUCCUUCAUCGAUCGACAAGGAUUUGCUCUCUCCGGUGAUUCAUAGGUGGUUACCACGACAAAAAUAUCAAGCAGAGGUAGAUGGAUCGCCCGGGUCGGUGGCGACCGAUUUGCAAGUAUCGGCGAAUUUAUUAUCGGUUAUGCACCGAAAAUCGCAACCUGACAUUCUGUAGGAAAAAAAAAAAAAAAUCGUGAUCAACUGAUAUGUUAAACUGACAAUUGCGAAAAUUUCAGAUUUUUUUUAUAAAUUUUGUAUGACUAAGUAAGUCUUCCACUUUUUUCAAAGUAUGCAUUUAUAGAAAUUAAUAUACAAAAUAAACCUUCGAUUGUCAAAAUAUGUUUUAAUUUUGGACAAUCGGGUAAACUGAAUUUAAUGUACGUAUAUUAGAUGUUAAUAUAUAUGUACAUUGAGUUAAGUGCGUAAAAGAGAAAAUAUAAAGUUAUAUUUUUUUAUAUGUCAGAACAUAUAUUAUCGCAGUA